AUGGAACCGGAGCCGACCCUUGCCUCUCUCCUCGAGGCUAUCCAAACCCUCACCAGCCAAGUCGGGUCCUUGCAGGCCCAAAUCCACACUCAAGGCCAACAGCUCUCUGAGCUCAAGGCCAUAUGCAAGGAAACCAACGACCUUGUUGGAGACAAGGAUCAGGGCGGAGCCCAAACCAAGCCUGGCCCAUCGACUGGGCCUGUCACUCCCCCCACACAUACAGGGGGAGAAGCUACCACUCCAGGAACGGUUAGGCCUGGGCUCAAGGCCCCCUUCCGCCCAUCAAGAGGCACAGGAUUCGAUUCAGAAGAGGAAGAGGAACCCCAACGAGUCCCCAAAAAGGAGCCUCAGAGCACGCCUAGGAGCCUAAGCUCCCUCACCCCCUUCGACGCAGGGUCCAGCGUAAAAAGGCCCAAAAUGGAUCUCCCAGACCCGUACAAAAGAGAUACCAGGGGUCGUAAGGCCACCCAAUGGCUGGAUCGCAUGCUACUCUGGGUAGCCCUCCAUCGAGACCAAUUCGACGAGGAGGAACAGAUGGUCGUAUGGAUACUCUACCAUAUGACUGACAAGGCAGCCGACUGGGCACUCCCCCUCAUAGGGACUAUCAUCAAGGGCGAGGGCAAUCCUCCCACCACCAUCCCGGCCUUAACGGCCAAAUUCAAGGAAGCCUUUGCUGAUCCAGAUGCAAAGAGGGCAGCCGCCAGGAAAAUCGCCGCGCUGACUCAGACAACCACCACGUCUGAGUACGUUACCGAGUUCCGCAACCUGAUGGCGGAGCUCAAUUGGAACACCAAGGCAUACAUUGCCCAAUUCACGCGCGGCCUCCACUGGAAGGUCAAAGAACUCCUCUCAACCAAGGAUAAUAUCCCUGACGAUGACCUAGAGGCUAUUUUUGCCGCCUCGGUCAAGAUUGACAAUACUUGUCGAGAGAAUGAGGAAAACCGUCCUAAGAAGCUCCCUGCCAAGUCCCCGGCCACCAUGGCCACUUCCACCACCACCACUACCCAACGGGUUCGCCUCUCUGAGGACCCAAAUUACGUCACAUCGGAGGAAAGGGAUUGCCGCCGCGCAUCAGGGCUUUGCGUCAAAUGCGGUCAGAAGGGCCACGGGAUCAAACAAUGUCCCAACGGUUGGAAGGCCACAAUCAAGGAGACGGCCAAGUCGAGGACUGCUGCCAAGCCCCCGACUAAAACAGACAGUGUAGAUAGUUGUGUAGAAUUUGUUUCUGUUGGUCUAGACUCGAAUAAAAAGCCACUAUUGUUUAUCAAUCUACACGUCCAAAAUUCCCCGGCAGAACCCAUCAAAACCCUCAUCGAUUCCGGCGCCACCUCCAACUUUAUCUCACCAUCCUUAGUAGAAAAACUAAAAAUACCAAAAACCCUACUCGAAAAUCCACAAGUAGUGAGGAUGCUAGACGGUACAAUAUCUCAGACUGGUUGCAUAUGGCACCAGGUUCAACUCGCGGUCUCGGCCAAUGGCCAUUUCCACCACAUUCCCUUCCUUGUUUGCCCAAUUGGCAACACCCCAGCAAUAUUAGGCAUGACUUGGUUAACAGCAGAAGCCCCCCUCAUCAAUUGGCAACAGGGAUUAGUCACAUUCCCCGAACAAGUACAGAUUGCCUUGGAGGAAGAAGCAGACCUAGAUCCUUUAGCAGACCUCCCCCCUCAAUAUCAUGAGUUUGCUAAAGUAUUCGGCGAAGAGGAAUUUAAGGUCUUACCUCCUCACAGGGAAUAUGACAUAGCCAUAGAUCUCCUACCAGACGCCAAACUCUCCCCGGGCCCCAUUUAUGGGAUGACAGACGCAGAAUCCAAGGCCCUGAAGCAACACAUUGAUGAGGAGCUUGCGACAGGAAAAAUACGCCCCAGCACCUCAUCAGCAGGCGCCCCAGUCAUGUUUGUGAAAAAGGCAGACGGUUCCCUCAGGCUGGUUGUAGACUAUAGGAAGCUCAAUGACGUCACCCACAAGAACGUCUACCCACUUCCCAGACAAGACGAUCUGAUGGCCAAGUUAAGACAUGCCAGAGUAUUCACCAAACUGGAUCUACGUUGGGGUUACAAUAAUGUCCGAAUUAAGGAAGGAGACGAAUGGAAGACGGCCUUUAGGACUAAAUAUGGGCUUUUUGAAUAUCUAGUGAUGCCCUUUGGUCUUACAAAUGCACCGGCCGCCUUCCAACACUUUAUGAACAAUCUCUUCCGAGACCUUAUUGAUGUUACCGUGGUCAUCUACCUGGACGAUAUCUUGAUCUUCUCAGAAAACCCAGAAGAGCACCCUAACCAUGUCCGGGAAGUCUUGUUGAGGCUCAUGAGAAACCAGCUAUUCUGUAAAUUGUCAAAAUGCCACUUCCACGUCACCACAGUGGAUUACCUAGGAAUUGUUAUCUCACCAGCAGGCUUCUCCAUGGAUCAGAAAAAGAUCGAGGCCGUCACAACCUGGCCCCAGCCCAGAACAGUUAAACAAGUCCAGGCCUUCCUAGGGUUCGUCAAUUACCUCCGCCGGUUCAUCCCCAACUUUAGCUCCGUCGCACGCCCGCUACACAAUCUUACCAAAAAGGAGACCCCCUGGUCAUGGGGCGACCUAGAGGAAGCAGCGUUCCAGGAACUAAAAGGCCUUGUCACCAAAUCGCCGGUCCUCAUCCACUCCAACCCCAGCCUUCCCUACUACCUAGAAACAGAUGCAUCGGGAGUAGCUAUGGGAGCCAUCUUAAGCCAACGAGGGGAGGAUAACCGCCUUCAUCCGGUCGCAUAUAUGUCCAAGUCCUUUUCCGGCGCAGAAGCCAACUACGACACCCACGAUAAGGAACUCUUGGCUAUCAUCAAGGCGCUGGAGGAAUGGAGGAUAUUCUUAGAGGCAACAGACAAACCGGUACAAGUGCAUGCCAGAUGGCGCAUAUUCCUGAGCGAUUUCAACUUUGAGAUCCAUUACCGCCCAGGAAAGCAAUCAGGGAAACCAGACGCCCUCUCUAGGCGAUCGGACUACGUUGAUACCCCACCAGAACCAGAGGUUAUGCUCCCCGCAGAAGUCUUCGCCAACACAUCAGAAGAAGAGCUGGAAAUUGUCACGGAGAUACGCGCCAAGCUAAGAGAGGAUCCAUCCCUUGAGCCUAUCAUCCAGUUCCUAACUGAAGAUGCGGAUAACGCUCCUCCCUCCAUUUGGAAAGCCUACAGAGAUUACGACUGGGAGGAAGACCUACUAUGGUAUAGAGGAAAACUUGUGGUCCCAGACUCAGAGGCCUUAAAGGAACGAUUACUCAGGGAAUUCCAUGAUUCCCCCCUGGCAGGUCAUCCGGGUCAACAACGGACCCUGGAACUCCUGAGCCGCAAUUACUGGUGGCCAGGAAUGAAGUCAUCCGCCAAGGAAUGGGUAGAAUGCUGCCCGACCUGUCAAGCCAACCGUCGCGCCCAUGGUCCUGCCAUUGCUCUGAAACCGUUAGAAGUCCCACCUUUCCCAUUCCACACCAUCUCCUACGACUUCAUCACGGGUUUUCCCAAGUCCAAUGGCCACGACGCAAUAUUGGUAGUAAUUGACUCCUUUUCCAAAUUCGGGCACUUCAUCCCAACCUCAAAGAAAGUCACAGCCAAGGGUCUAGCAGAUUUGUUCAUUAGUCACGUCUGGAAACUUCACGGACUGCCUGUCAAAACCAUAUCAGAUCGAGGAACCACAUUCACGGGAAAAUUCCUCAGGGCCCUUUAUCAACGGCUAGGAAUCAAACCGUCCUUCUCAUCGGCUUAUCACCCGGAGUCUGAUGGCCAAACAGAGCGAGUCAACCAGUUCAUCGAAUUCUACCUCAGAUCAUACGUGGCAGCCGACCAUUCAGACUGGUCUACCUGGCUUCCCCUGGCGGAGUAUGCCUACAACAACGCAAAGCACUCCGCUACUGGAAAAACUCCCUUCGAAUUGGUUUACGGGCAAAACCCUGUCAUGAACCCGUCUAACGUUCCAGCAAAUGUGCCUGAAGCCGAUCACGUGGCAGAUACCCUGGCACAAGAGUGGAAAGAAGCGGAGUCAGCUCUGAGAAUGAGUAAGGAAAAAAUGGUUAGGGACAAGGGUACGAUACCAGAGUACUCAGUUGGAGACAAAGUCUGGUUAGAUGGAAAAAACGUGGAGCUCAGGACAAACUCCAACAAACUGGACCCCAAGAGACUAGGACCAUUCGAGGUCACAGAAAAAAUCUCCAGUCAUGCGUAUCGCUUAAAGCUCCCGGAAACCCUGAAGAUUCACGAUGUGUUUUACGUGGGACUACUGUCCAAGGCACACGAAUCCCCUAAUCAACCAUUUCCUGAAAGACCCCCUCCUGAGACAAUAGAAGGGGAAGAAGAGUACAAAGUCGAGCAAAUCAUUGACUCUAAACGACAAAAAGGCAAAUGGUUUUACCUAAUCAAGUGGAAAGGUUACGGUCCAGAAGAUAACUCAUGGGAGCCGGAAGAACUGCUGGAACACAGCCAGGAAGAGAUCAAACGCUUCAACCAAGCUAGACUCAGAAAGGCUCGUGACGCCGCCAAGAGCCUUUAA